UAAGAGUAUUUUUGACAUGUAAUCGGCGUUUAAAGAAAAAUACACGGAUUUACAGAUUUCAAUUUUGGACCUCAUCUUACCGCCAUUGAUUUUCUCUAAGAUUUUUCUCAUUAACAUAGCCUCAAUAUCAUAUUUGCAUCAUCGGUCAAUCGAAUGUUUUAAAGGUAUACGCUUUCAUGUGCUAAUUUAACGCUAUAAAAAGGCGCUUGAGAAUGACGUUUUAGGUAUAAGGUAAGGUGACCAAAAAAAAGUUACCUCCCCUUUGCCUGAGCAUAGCUAUCUUCUGGUCUGACACAUGUACACCAGCCAUGGUAUCAGGGCCAGUGGAAACUCGGCUAAGUCACAUACUUUGUGUAAAAGUUUACAGUAGAGCACAAUUUAAGAAGAAAGUGUGAGGUUUGGCCAUGGGGAAGAAUUAUUACUGUGAUUUCUGUGACAAGACUUUUGCAGAUAAAGCAAACAAUCGAAAAAAUCAUCUGAAAGGUCUGAUUCACCAACAAUGUCGCAAAGCAUUUUAUGAUCAAUUCCGGAAACCAGAGGUUAUCCUAGCAGAGGAGAUGGCAAAACGUCCAUGUAAACAUUUCUUAUCGUCAGGAAACUGUUCUUUCAUGGCGAGCUGUAAAUAUUCACACAUGACUGAUGAACAGAAACAAGAAAUGCAAAGACAGAUUGAUUUAAAGAAAAGUGUUGUUGCUUCCAAGACAAAAGAGACAGAGGAACCGCCUUCCUUGGAUAAAUGGCUUGGAAAAGUUCAAAAGUGUUCAAAGGAUAAAAUCAAAGGGGAGAUAACUCCGACAAGACUAGAUUUACCAAUGUAUUCUCUUCCUCCACAUCUAGGGGGCAUAGCCAACCUUCCUCCCUCAUUACUUCCUCCUCCUCCAGAUGUUUUUACAUCGCUGCCUUUAGAGGAAUGGGGAUGAGAGUUGUUUAGCUGUAGCUAAUAUUUCCAAUGAUGAAUAUAGAUGUAACUAAAAUAAAAUGUCUCCAUUACAAUGAA